AUGGAACUGAGUGGGCCCCGAGAAGAUUCAUUGAGCAUCACGUCCGAAUCAUCUCAGACCUCAAGGAUCAGCCUCGGAUCGAAAUCCACUCUGCUCACAACCCCCGCCUUACAGACCAUCGCAGUGAAGCCGAUCAUCCAACGCAAUCAAUAUCGACACGCAAGGGUCGAGCUGGGCCUAUACCUUCUCAUGGACUCUGAACCUGCACAAAGCGACAACAACCUCUCCUCGCUACCUUCUGCCCGCCACCAGUCUUCUUCUUCCUCCUCCUCAUCUACUGAUGAUUACUGGAACGACUGCUCAGAAACUUCGAUCUCUUUUGAUGAAAAUAUCCCUUCCCACCUUUACACCCCCCGCUGUCUUCCCCUUACCCAAUUGAUCAAGAAUUGGUGGAGAUACCAUGUUUUGGCUCCUGCUCUCCAAGAUUGGGCUGUUGUACGAGCGGGCAAAAAUGCGCCCGCGACUUCACGGAGUAGGGAAAUCCGCGCUCCAAACCCUGGGCAUCAAUCAUACUGA